ACAGGUGGAGCGCCCGCGCUGUGAUCCGCACUCGGCAAUGUCCGCGGAGGGUGCGGGGCCGGGGCUGGGGUCCGAACCCGGGCCCCAGUCGGGGCCGCUCUGCCCCGAACACGGCCAGCCUCUGAGUUGGUUCUGCUGCUCCGAGCGGCGGCCGGUGUGCGCCGCCUGCGCGGAGCUGGGCGGCCGCUGCCGGGGGCACCGCAUCCGCCGGGCCGAGGAACGUGCUGAGCAGCUGCGGAACAAGAUUGUGGACCAGUGUGAAAGGCUGCAGUUGCAGAGUGCUGGCAUCACCAAGUAUGUGGCUGAGGUCCUGACGGGAAAGAACCAGAGAGCAGUGAGCAUGGCCAGCGCAGCACGAGAACUGGUCAUUCAGAGGCUGAGUCUAGUACGGAGUCUGUGUGAGAGUGAGGAGCAGAGGUUGCUGGAACAGGUGCAUGGUGAAGAAGAGCGGGCCCACCAGAGUAUCCUGACACAGCGGGUGCACUGGGCCGAGGUGCUGCAGAAGCUGGACACCAUCCGCACUGGCCUGGUGGGCAUGCUCACCCAUCUGGAUGACCUCCAGCUGAUUCAGAAGGAGCAAGAGGUUUUUGAGAGGCAUGGAGGAUGUGCGUAUCAAUGAGAGGACUGUCAGCCCCUUCUUGCAAUUGUCAGAUGAUCGAAGGACCCUGACCUUCAGCACCAAGAAGUCCAAGGUCGGUGUGGAUGGCCCGGAGCGUUUUGACCACUGGCCCAACGCCCUGGCUACCACUUCCUUCCAGUCUGGGCUGCAUGCCUGGGUCGUGAAUGUCCAGAACAGUUGUGCCUACAAGGUGGGCGUGGCCUCAGGUCAGCUGCCCCGCAAGGGUUCCGGCAGUGACUCCCGUCUGGGCUACAAUGCCUUCUCCUGGGUCUUCUCCCGCUACGACCAGGAUUUCUGUUUCUCGCACAACAGGCAGCACGAGUCCCUGGGGCUGCUGCGUUGCCCAGCCCGGCUGGGCGUGCUGCUGGACUUGCAGGCACAGGAGCUGCUAUUCUACGAGCCAUCCAUGGGCACGGUGCUCCACACCCACCAUGGCCCCUUGCCUGGGCCCCUCUUCCCAGUCUUUGCAGUGGCUGACCAGACCAUUUCCAUCGUUUGCUGACCUUUAGCCAC